AUGGUGAAAGUCGACACACAAGCACAUCUGUACUCCAACGAUACUCAGGAAACCGUCAACACAGCAACCCCCUCUAAGAUCCGCCGACGAGCCUCCCAAGGAUCGCUGCGGACACGACCGUCUCCGGUGUCGCGGUUUCUCUCCAAGAGUAGUGUCGCCGUCAACUUCCCGUCGUGGGAACAUCGUGGCGCUGGGUCUCGAGAAUCUCGUCCUCGAUCAGCAGACUCCCGGCUUCGUCUCUCAACCACGGUGUCUCGCGGGCCGAGACCCUUGACGGCCUCUCCGGCCUGGAACUCCCCGCCCGCGUACCAGUCGGAAUACCCCUCCACCUUGCCUCCCACCCCGCCAGAAGACGAUAUCCACGUUGCCUGGAAUCCCAAGUCCGAUAUGUUGCUGUACAAUGUGCAUCCCCAUCAGCACCAGCACCCGACCUCCAUGAAGAUGAUGGAGGAUGGGCCAGGUGCGGAUAACUCUUCCACCAAUGGUGCUUCAGAUACCUUGAGUAGCCCAUCCGAUGGAACCUCCCAUGGUUCCUCCAGCUCGGGGGGUAGUCCGGGACCUCAAGAUGAAAUGGAUUGUCAGCAGGACAUUGGCUCAUGGCUGGAUCAUGGCAUCAAUUUGACCGCAUCCGCACUGGGUUGUGCCAACCCGCGGGGCGAGGCGGUCAAGAUCGUUUCCCAAACUCUUCCUUAUCCCCGCACAUCCGAUCAGUCCGUGUCAUUACCAAAGACCGACAGUGUCUUCAGUUCCAUGGUGCAGGCGGUUCACAACCACCUCCAACCGGGCCAAUCACCAUAUAUCAAUGUCACCCAUGCAGUUCCCGAGCAGUUCAGUCUGUCGAACUUGCCUCACUCUCCUCCCAGUACUCCGCGUUCUCCUACUGCCGCGGAAGAAUAUUUCAAUGCCACCGUAUUCUCCAGUGCAGCCGUGGUUGGUGCGUACCACGAUUACCGGGGACCUCUCCAGCGGCAAAUGUCCCAUGCCCCCAUGCCCAUCGUUCCUCCGCACAGUGUGCACAUCUCCGUCCUUGAGCGUUACCUCCCUCCUUCCUCCGCGCAAGAGUACCGUGAUGUAUUCUGCCCCACACGGCCAUCCUUCCUUGUCGACCGAAUGAGCGAGCUCUCACCAAACGGUGGAUCCCUCCUCUUCGUGUACCCCACCAAGAAGGGUGCGUCCACUUUCAAAUCCCAAUAUCUGGGACCCAUUCUCGACCCCCUGCUUCGUCAGCUCGUUGUGGUGAACGAGCUGUCAGCAGAUGUGGGCCGCUACCUCGGUAAGCUCAACACUGUCUCGCAGAUGGACGAUUUUGCCACCAUGAAAGCAAACAUUGUGACUCUCUGCGAGACUUUGAGCUCGCCCUCCUCCAAAUUCCAUGUCGCAGAUGCAGGCCGCGGAAGCACCCACCUCGACCGUAACCUUUGGUCCGAGUGGUUCAUCCACCAGGAAAAGGCCCGCAUGAAGGAAGUCCUUAACCUUUACUGGCAGAACAGCCGUCGCCACCCGAAUAAAUCCAUGAGUUCUGGUGGCAUGUCCGGGAAAGAAGUAUCACCCGCUAUGCUUCUUAGCGAGAUCUUCGACGGCAUCCGCAAGCGACGCUACUGCGAGGACAGUGAGCCUCACGAUGGAAUCGAGCUCGGUGUCUUCGUGAUUCGCCGCACGAACUAG